CGGGCAGCCCCUGCGCGGGAGAGCCGGUGUCGGUGCGCGGCCCGGAUGCGGGCGCGAGAGAAAAAGGGACAGAGAGAGAGAGAGAGAAACACCGCUCGGCUACCUCCAGCACGCCCUCUCCUGGGAUUCAAGCUGGGGUCCAGCCUGACCUGGGCGUGUGCCCUGACCUGGAAUUGAGCUGGUGACCUUUUGGAGCACAGGAGGACCCCUAAGCAACGGAGCCACACUGGCCAGGCCUGAAAACAGUUGAACGUGGAAAGGAACCCAGGGGAAAGGUGGACACAUUGCUCUCCUGCGUGACUGCGUUGGUGGAACACUUGACCUCAUUUGAAUCGGUCUUUGUUCUUUCCCCUGGACCAUUUGUUUCCUUUGUCGCCAUGGGACAAGAGGAGGACCCCGGCCCAGAGGCUGGCGUCUGUCUGGGCACUGCCCUGCAAUCCUGGUGGCUGCAGCUGAUGGAGCAGCAUUCACAGGCUACCAUGCUCACGGGGAUGGUGAUCGGAGCCCUCCUGGCCCUCGUUGGCGUCACCAUCGUUUUUGUGUACAGAAGGGUUAACCGAUCCCGACAAGUGCAACCCACCCCUCAGUACAGGUUCCGGAAGAGGGACAAGGUGAUGUUCUACGGCCGGAAGAUCAUGAGGAAGGUGACCACACUCCCCCAUACCCUUGUGGGGAGCACGGCCGCCCCCCGGCAGCGGGUGAGGAAGAGGACCAAGGUGCUGUCUUUGGCCAAGAGGAUCCUGCGGUUCAAGAAGGAGUACCCCACCCUGCAGCCAAAGGAGCCCCCGCCGUCCCUGCUGGAGGCCGACCUCACGGAGUUCGACGUGAAGAACUCUCAGCUGCCCUUGGAAGUUCUGUACAUGUUGAAAAACGUCAGGGUCCUGGGCCACUUUGAGAAGCCACUAUUCCUGGAACUGUGCAAACACAUGGUCUUCAUGCAGCUGCUCGAAGGGGAGCACGUGUUCCGGCCGGGGGAGCCGGACACAAGCAUCUACGUGGUACAGGACGGGCGGCUGGAGGUCUGCAUUCAGGAUGCGGACAGCUCCGAGGUGGUGGUCAAAGAGGUGCUAGCCGGGGACAGCGUCCACAGUCUCCUCAGCAUCCUGGACGUCAUCACCGGCCACACUGCCCCCUACAAAACCGUGUCUGCCCGUGCCGCCACCCCGUCCACCAUCCUCAGACUUCCGGCUGUGGCCUUUCAAGGGGUGUUCGAGAAGUACCCUGAAACCCUGGUCAGGGUGGUGCAGAUCAUCAUGGUGCGGCUGCAGAGGGUCACCUUCCUGGCCCUGCACAACUACCUGGGCCUGACCACGGAGCUCUUCAACCCCGAGAGCCAGGCCAUCCCCCUCCUGUCUGUAGCCAGCGUGUCUGCUGGAAAGGCCAAGAGGCAGCUGAGCAGCGGCCCCGAGGAGCGGCCCCAGCGGCCCCAGCGGCCCCAGGAGUCCUGCGACCCAGACCACGGGGGCAGCUGGGCCGCUGCCUCAGGGCCCCUGCUGAAGAGGAGCCACUCCUUCCCGCUGCCUUCUGCCCGCGAGGAGAGGGCGGACCCGCUCGGCAAGGCCCAGGCCGGCGACCAGGCCGCUUCUGCUCCCCCAGGUACCCCCUCAGACCUGCAGACGGCCUGUGACCGUGCCAGGGUCCCCCUGCAUGCAGAGGAGCGCCCCGGGAGUGCCAUGGCCAGCAAGGUCAAGAAGAGCGUGAUGGUCGCGGAGACGCCCUCCGCUGUCUUCCACUACUCGGACUGCAGCUCGGACGAGACUCUCGCCAGCAGGAAGACAGACGCCAUCUUCACAGCCGCCAAGAAGGACCUGCUGACCCUGAUGAAGCUGGACGACCCUUCACUGCUAGAUGGCCGCGUGACAUUUCUUCAGGUCCCGGGGGGCACCGUGGUGUCAAGACAGGGAGACCAGGACGUGAACAUCAUCUUUGUGGUCUCGGGGCUGCUGCACGUGUACCAGCGGAAGAUCGACAGUGAGGAGGACAGCUGCCUGUUCGUCACGCGCCCCGGGGAGAUGGUGGGCCAGCUGGCCGUGCUCACCGGCGAGCCCCUCAUCUUCACCAUCAAGGCCAACAGGGACUGCAGCUUCCUGUCCAUCUCCAAGGCCCAUUUCUACGAGAUCAUGCGGAAGCAGCCGACCGUCGUCCUGGGCGUCGCGCACACCGUGGUGCAGCGCAUGUCGUCCUUCGUGCGGCAGAUCGACUUCGCUCUGGACUGGAUGGAGGUGGAGGCCGGGCGCGCCGUGUACAGGCAGGGGGACAAGUCGGACUGCACCUACAUCGUCCUCAGUGGCCGGCUGCGCUCAGUGGUCCGGAAGGACGACCUCAAGAAGCGCCUGGCCGGGGAAUACGGCCGGGGAGACCUCAUCGGCGUGGUGGAGACGCUCACCCACCAGCCCAGAGCGACCACUGUGCACGCGGUCCGGGACUCAGAGCUGGCCAAGCUUCCGGCAGGAGCCCUGACGUCCAUCAAGCGCAGGUACCCUCAGGUUGUGACCCGGCUGAUUCAUCUCUUGGGUGAGAAGAUUCUGGGCAGCCUCCAGCAGGGACCUGCGGCCGGUCACCAGUUUGGGCUACACUCUACCGGCAGCAAGUGGGAUUCUGGGAACCCAGCCAGCAACCUGUCCACGGUGGCCGUCAUGCCCGUGUCGGAGGACGUGCCCCUCACAGCCUUCGCCCUGGAACUCAAGCACGCCCUGAGCGCUAUCGGCCCCGUCCUGCUGCUGACCAGUGACAACAUCAAACAGCGCCUUGGCUCUGCUGCCCUGGACAGCAUCCACGAGUACCGGCUGUCCAGCUGGCUGGGGCAGCAGGAGGACGUGCACCGGAUUGUGCUCUACCAGGCGGACGGCGCGCUCACGCCCUGGACCCAGCGCUGCAUCCGGCAGGCCGACUGCAUCCUCAUCGUGGGCCUGGGCGAGCAGGAGCCCGUGGUGGGCGAGCUGGAGCGGAUGCUGGAGAGCACCGCCGUGCGCGCCCAGAAGCAGCUGGUCCUGCUGCACCGGGAGGAGGGGCCGGCGCCAGCGCGCACCGUGGAGUGGCUGAACAUGCGGAGCUGGUGCUCCGGCCACCUGCACCUGUGCUGCCCGCGCCGCGUCUUCUCCAGGAGGAGCCUGCCCAAGCUGGUGGAGAUGUACGAGCGGCUCUUCCAGAAGCCCCCGGACCGGCACUCGGACUUCUCCCGCCUGGCACGGGUGCUGACCGGGAACACCAUCGCCCUGGUGCUCGGAGGGGGCGGGGCACGAGGCUGUGCCCAGGUUGGCAUCAUCCGAGCCCUGACAGAGUGCGGCAUCCCCGUGGACAUGGUCGGAGGGACGUCCAUCGGGGCCUUCAUGGGCGCCCUGUACGCCGAGGAGAGAAACUACAGCCAGAUUCGGAUCCGGGCCAAGCAGUGGGCGGAGGACAUGACGUCGAUGGUGAAGACCGUGCUGGACCUGACCUACCCCAUCACCUCCAUGUUCUCGGGGGCCGGCUUCAACAGCAGCAUCUGCAGCGUCUUCAAGGACCGGCAGAUCGAGGACCUGUGGAUCCCCUACUUCACCGUCACCACGGACAUCUCGGCCUCGGCCAUGCGGGUCCACACAGACGGCUCCCUGUGGAGGUAUGUGCGGGCCAGCAUGUCCCUGUCGGGCUACAUGCCGCCUCUCUGCGACCCCAAAGACGGGCACCUGCUGAUGGACGGGGGCUACAUCAACAACCUCCCAGCGGAUGUGGCCAGGUCGAUGGGGGCAAAGGUGGUGAUCGCCAUCGACGUAGGCAGCAGGGACGAGACGGACCUCACCAACUACGGCGACGCCCUGUCUGGGUGGUGGCUUCUCUGGAAGCGCUGGAACCCCCUGGCCACCAAGGUCAAGGUGCUGAACAUGGCGGAGAUCCAGACGCGCCUGGCCUACGUGUGCUGCGUGCGGCAGCUGGAGCAGGUGCGGAGCAGCGACUACUGCGAGUGCCUGCGCCCGCCCAUCGACAGCUACGGCACCCUGGACUUCGGCAAGUUCUCCGAGAUCUGCGAGGUGGGGUACCAGCACGGGCGCACGGUGUUCGACAUCUGGAAGCGGAGUGGUGUGCUGGAGAAGAUGCUGCAGGACCGGCAGGGCAAGAUGAAGGCCUGCGACGUCCUCACCUGCCCCAAUGCCUCCUUCACGGACCUCGCCGAGAUUGUGUCACGUAUAGAGCCUGCCAAGGUGGCCGUGGUGGACGACGAGUCUGACUAUCUGACCGAGUGCGAGGAGGGGUUGCCAGACGGCCCCCAAGAUGCCUACGCUGACUUCCAGAGCUCCCCAGCCGACGUGGGCUCCGACUCGGAAGACGAGCCCCCACUUCAUCAUCAGCACCCUAGCCUGGCUUCCCCCAAACUGUCCCAGGACGCCUUGACCGACCCCCUGGCUCUCUGACCAAGACACGUAGAGGUCUCCGCCCUGACCUCCCUGAAGCCUGCUCCUGCAGGGCACCGUAGAGGUCUCCGCCCUGACCUCCCUGAAGCCAGCUCCUGCAGGGCACCGUAGAGGUCUCCGCCCUGACCUCCCUGAAGCCUGCUCCUGCAGGGCACCAGCCCGGAAACCACAGCCCUGGGGCAGGAGCCCUGGUGGGGCCCAGGGCCGAGCUGGGUGUCAGCCUCUGCACUGCCGCUCCCGGUGGGGCACUUGGUCCUGGCACCUCCUGCUCACACAGCACCCUGGGCGCAGGCCAGCCCCUGCAGCCCCGAGGCCUCUGAGAGCCGAGGGCCCUGCCUCCACCUAGGCGGUCAAUAAAAGCAGAUCUGAUUG